AUGACGCUUUUGCUGCUGUUCGCUUUGUGUUUGGGCGCCGCGAGUGCAUUGGAAAAUGGGCUUGCCAGGACCCCACCGAUGGGCUGGAUGUCAUGGACAGCGUUCUAUUGUGAGAUGGAUUGUGCUCGACAUCCUCAUGCUUGCAUAAAUGAGCAGCUCUACCUCGACAUGGCUGACCGCUUAGUAAACGAUGGCUACAUGGCAGUCGGCUACAAGAACAUCCACAUUGACGACUGCUGGAUGGAAAUGGAGCGCGACUCUCGGGGCGUCCUAGUCGCCAAUCGCACUCGAUUCCCCUCGGGCAUGAAUGGAAAUAUCCAAGCA